AUGGCGCCCAGUUUCGACACCCUGACUGAGCAGGAUUUCCAUGAGGAAGAAGAGGAGGAGGUUGACUUCUCCGAUCUUAAGGAGCAAUAUGAAGUGAAACUUGAGGAAGGCCUAGAUACCUUUGUCGUCAUCGAUGGGCUCCCCGUUGUACCCGAAGACUCCAAGCAGAAGCUCGUCAAAUUCUUGUUGAGGAAACUCAACACUGUCGGCCACACCUCCGAAGAUGCUGUCUUUAUGCCGCUGAACGACCAAGGUAAAACCGAAGGAUAUGCUUUUGUUGAGUACGAAACCCCCGAACAGGCCAUUCAGGCCGUGAAGCAGCUCCACGGCGUCCCUCUCGAUAAGAAGCACACUCUGGCCGUUAACAAACUGAUGGAUAUCGAGCGCUAUGGUCGUGAGGGUCGCAUUGACGAGGAGUACCAAGCGCCUUCUGUCGAGGCUUUCCAGGAGAAGGAGCACCUGCGUUCCUGGAUGGGAGAUGCCCACGCCCGUGAUCAGUUCGCCCUCUUCCGCAACGAGAAAGUCGGUGUUUUCUGGAACAACAAAACCAAUCCCCCGGAGAACGUUGUCGAUCGCGCUCACUGGACACAACUUUUCGUCCAAUGGUCCCCCAAGGGUACCUUCCUUGCUUCAGUCCACCAACAGGGUGUCCAACUCUGGGGUGGCGCCUCUUUCUCUAAACAAAAGCGUUUCCCUCACCCAUGUGUUCAACUGAUCGAAUUCUCUCCCCUCGAGGGCUACUUGACAACAUGGUCCUCUCGCCCGAUCCAGGUUGAGGAGGGUGACCCCAUCCUUACUUACGAGGAGGAAGGAAAGAACAUUAUCGUUUGGGAUAUUGAGACUGGCAAGCCUCUCCGAUCUUUCGUUUCGCACGAACUUGCCGCUGGUCCCGCUGUUGACGAUAUUCAGCCUAAGAAGAAGGUUCAGUGGCCCGCCUUCAAGUGGUCCUCUGACGAGAAGUACGUUGCUCGUAUGCUCCAGGGACAAUCCAUUUCUAUCUACGAGUUGCCCAACAUGAACCUUUUGGGUCGUACCUCUAUCAAAAUUGAAGGUGUGAGCGACUUCGAGUGGUCUCCCGCCACCACCACCCGUGAGGGCGUCAAGACAUACGAGCAACUGCUCAGCUUCUGGACCCCCGAGAUUGGCAGCAACCCGGCCCGUGUUGCUCUGAUGACUGUCCCCUCCAAGGAGAUUGUCCGUACCCGUAACCUUUUCAAUGUCUCCGAUGUCAAGCUCCACUGGCAAUCCCAGGGUGCCUACCUCUGUGUUAAGGUCGACCGUCACUCCAAGUCCAAGAAGUCUAUGGCCACUAACCUCGAGAUUUUCCGCAUUCGCGAGAAGGGUGUGCCCGUUGAGGUUGUUGAUAGUUUGAAGGAAACAGUGAUCAAUUUCUCCUGGGAGCCCAAUGGAUCUCGUUUCGUUCUCAUUACUACUGGAGAGGCUGCCCCCGGCGCCGCUGUCGUUGCCCCCAAGGCUUCCGUUUCUUUCUUCGCCCCGGAGAAGAAGGGUACUACUGCUGGUAACUUCAAGCUGAUCCGCACUAUUGAAAAGAAGAACAGCAAUGCCAUUUACUGGUCACCCAAGGGCCGUUUCGUCGUUGUUGCCACAGUCCACUCGCAGUCGAACUUUGACAUCGACUUCUGGGAUAUGGACUUUGAGGGUGAGAAGGUUGAGGCUGAGAAGGACCUGGCUGCCAACCUCCAGCUCAUGAAGACAGUUGAACACUACGGUGUCACUGACAUUGAAUGGGACCCUACCGGUCGUUUCGUGGUCACCAGUGCCAGUGUGUGGACUCACUCAAUGGAAAAUGGCUGGAACAUGCACACUUUCUCCGGAACUACCCUCUCCGAGAACCCUACCGAAAAAUUCAAGCAGUUUGCCUGGCGCCCACGCCCGGCUACCCUCCUCAGCAAGGAGGAGCAGAAACAGGUUCGCAAGAACCUACGCGAGUACUCGAAGGAGUUCGACGAGGAGGACCGAUACGCCGUGGACAUCGCCAACACCGCUGUUGUGGAGACUCGCAAGCGGGUACUCAGCGAGUGGCUUGCUUGGAUGCGUCGGGAGAAGGAGAUUUCGUCCGAAGAGAAGGAGGCCUUUGGCCUGCCCGAGGAUGCCGACUCAGCCAAAUUGGCCAAGGACGCGCCAAUUGGCGGUGGCGAGGAGGGCGACACGGUCGUCGAGGAGCUUGUCGAAGAAAUUAUCGAAGAGACCGAGGAGGUCAUCGGUUGA